ACUUGGAAUCCUUUCCGACCAUUGACUGGCUCACUGAUCUUCUGAAAUGCAAGAUUGGAUAUGACACAAAAUGGACAAGUAAUCAAGCUGAUGAGCUAGAAUCAUACAUGUCUGUAAAUGAAUUGUCGAUUGUCGGCUACCACGAUCUAACGUCGACCCCGGAUAUAAAAGCAUUGCAGAAUCUUUCAUCUUUGACGAUCACUGGCUUGAAGAACUUGCCGAAAGGAUUUCACUGCCUGACUUGCCUGAAAAGUUUGUCAAUUGGUUGGUUCAUGGAAGGGUUUGAUUUUAGGCCUCUUUUACACCUUGAGUCUCUUGAAAAUCUAGCAUUGAUAGACUUUGGCAGUGCAGAAAGCACACUUCCAGGCGAACUUCAGCACCUCACUGGCUUAAAGCAUUUGAAAAUUGUUGGCUUUCAAGGCAUUGAAUCUCUACCAGAGUAGUUUGGAAAUCUUACCUCAUUGGAAACUUUGCACCUUGAAAGUUGCAGAAAUUUGAGAGAUCUUCCAGAAGCUAUGGGUUGCCUUGCCAAAUUGGAAGAACUGCGCAGUUUCAAUUGCCAUGAGCUCAGGCUUCGCCAAGAAGAAUCAGAAUGGUCCAAGAUUUCGCACGUUUUGAGAUUCAUAUCGUUCAAUUAUUGGGUCGAUGAGGACCAACAGAGGGUUCAAUUCAAAGUCUGUCACAAGCCUAGCUAAUGACUCAUGUCAGGGAUGAUAUGAACCUAGACAUCUUAAUCAUGCAAUAUUAGUAAAUGAGUCGUGCAGCUGCCGAGCUCUUUGGUUGAUUCAUGCCAUGCAUGUUGUGACGAACAAAGUGGCUACAUGAACUCAUAAAGGCGCAGAGAUUUCAAGCAAGAUAGGUAUCAACUAUGGCCAACUUGGGAGCAACCUUCCACCUCCAAGCCUCGCCAUUGAAAUGAUCAAAUCCAUGAAAGCCGGCCGAGUGAAGCUUUAUGAUGCCAACCAUGAAAUCUUGAGACUUUUAUCAGGAACAAACCUUCAAGUCUCCAUUAUGAUACCCAACAAUGAAAUUUCAGACAUUGCCAACAACCAGACAAGAUCAGAUGAAUGGAUCCUAAACAACGUUGUUCCCUUUUAUCCUGAUACCAUGAUUCGGUUCAUUCUUGUCGGCAAUGAAGUUCUGAGCUAUGCAUCUGAUAGGGAUCGCCAUGUUUGGACUGACCUUGUGCCUGCCAUGAGAAGGGUUUGGCAAUCCCUCAAAGCUCAGAACUUGCAGAUCAUUAGAGUUGGAACUCCGGUGGCUAUGGACGUUUUGGAGACGUCAUUUCCGCCGUCUACUGGGACGUUUAGAUCGGAUAUUCAACGUACUGUGGUGGCUCCAAUGCUGGAGUUCUUGAAUGAAACGAGGUCUUUCUUCUUCGUGGAUGCAUAUCCAUAUUUUCCAUGGUCAGCAAACCCCAUGGAUAUCAACUUGGAUUUUGCCCUUUUCAAUGGAAACUUUGAACAGAUCGAUGGGGGAAGUGGGUUGGUCUAUACUAAUCUUUUGGACGAAAUGCUAGACUCUCUUAUAUUUGCCAUGACAAAACUUGGCUACUCGGAUAUUCGCCUCGUGAUAUCGGAGACCGGGUGGCCAACCACCGGUGAUAUCGAACAGCCAGGCGCGAAUCUCCCCAACGCAGCAAUGUAUAAUCGAAAUCUAGUAAAGAGGAUAGUGGCAAAGCCUACAAUUGGGACACCAGCGAGACCAGGGGUGGUUAUACCGACGUUCAUAUUUGCUCUCUUCGACGAGAACCAAAAGUCAGGGCCGGGGACGGAGCGACAUUGGGGGCUAUUGAGCUCGGACGGGAGUCCAAACUACGACAUCGACUUGACGGGAAGGAAGUCAUCGGUAGAGUACGAUCCGAUACCUGUGGUGGAGAACAAUGUGCCAUUUAGAGGAAGGUUAUGGUGUGUGGCAGCGAGAGGAGUGGAUUUGAUGGAGCUCGGGGCAGCAGUGACCGACGUGUGCAACGGAGGAGACGGAAUAUGCGAGGAGCUGAUGCCAGGGAGGGAGUGUUAUGAGCCAGUAUCAGUGCAUUGGCAUGCCAGCUAUGCUUUCAGCUCAUAUUGGGCGAGGUUUAGGAGCCAAGGAGGAAGCUGCUAUUUCAAUGGACUAGCUGAAGAGACAACUAUUGAUCCUAGUAGUGGUCUAUGCAGGUUCCCAAGUGUGAUAUUCUAAACAAUAUUUAUUUAUUAUUAUUUUUUUUUUCAUUUUUUCCCUAAGGGAGAGAUUUGCAUAGUCAAUUUUAUAUUUAGGAGACUUAUUUUUGGAACAAUUUUUGUAUCUUUUUUUCUAUGCCUUUCAAAUUAAUAAA